AUGAUUGCUUUACGCGGGCGAAAAGUUUGCGCCGAGGAAUAUGCACGACUUUCACCGGCUGAUCGAGUUCGACUACUGAAUAAAGUGUUAAAUGAUAUUCGAAAACGCGCUUUAUUGCCGGUAACAGGCCAGUACCCGAUAGUGGAUGCCAGAUGUCCUCUUGUGCGUUUCGUUUACAAUCGGAAACGAUGGAUCGACUUGUCGGUGGACAAUCGUUUGGGCUAUGCGAAAUCCAGUUGGAUUAAAAACAUUGUACAGUGUGAUUCAUCAUCUUUGAUUCGACGAUUUCUGGUUGCUUUCCGAUUUUGGGCUCAUGCAAAUGACUUGAUGAAAAUCGAUGAGACAGAGAGAUCACAUUUUAACGCAUAUAUACUGAAUCUGUUGUGUAUCACAUAUCUGCAGCUGCAAAACCAUCUUCCUCCGCUUCAGCACACCUCACAAGAAUUAUUAGCCGAUGGUUGGCGGAUCGAUUUUGUCGUCGAAAGCGUUGAUUUAUCAAAUAUUUCACUUAGCAAACUCUUCAGGGUUGGUAAAACUUUUUGA